AUGGCGGCUCCACACCAGCUCAUCGCGGCGGGCUUGGCCGAGGGCGACUUCCUGGCUGUCCGAUACAGAGUGGGUGGCCGGCGCCUUUGGCACCGCCGCCUGGUAGUGGCGCUCGUGCCCGGCGGGGCCACCGUUGCGGGCAUCAUGACUCCCGACCUCGAUGAGUACGACGAGGACGUGGCCGACCAGGCGAAUAUCGCAGAGUGGACGAUGCUCCCGCUUGGCACGAUCGGGCCUGCUGCUCCGGCUAUGGGUAACGACGACGUCUACGACUUCAGGCACAUCCCGUUGCAAGCCGCGGUGGAUGCAGCUCGAACCGCAGCAUACGCGAGAAGGGGGGCGGUGCCGGUCGGGCCCAUCGUGGUCAACCUCGCCGGGCGCGUGGGGGCCGGCGCUCCUGUGGGCGCAGCACCCCCUGCGGCUGGCGGCGCGGCGGCUGCGGCGGCUGGGGGCCCUGGCGGCGGCGGCGGCCUCGCGGGGCUGGUGGCGGCCCUUGGCGGCCCUGCGGGCGGCCCGGCCGUUGCGGCGGCCGCCCCAGCGGCCCUGGUGCCCGUGGCAGCGCCCGCCGCCCCUGCCGCCGGCGCGGGCGCCCCGCCAGCCGGGCCUGGGGCCGCGGCGGCCAUCCCUGGCGCGCCCGUCGCGCCCGCCGCCCUGGCAGCGCCCGGCGCGCCCGCGGCCGCGGCUGCAGCUCCCGCGGCGGGCGCCCCGGCGGCCCCGGCUGUGGCUGGACCUGGCGGCGACGCCCGGAUCUUCGGCGUGGUGGUCGAUGCGCGCGGGGUCCGUCAUGUGGACUUCCGCACCGCAGUCACCCGGAUGACCGAGCUCCCCUGGCCAGACUGGCCCGUGCGAGGGCCGCGCACGUUGCGGUGGGUGGCAGAGUUCAUGGCGCAGCGGAGCGGCACGCCGACGGCGCAUCAUCAGAGGUGGCUGGCGGAGACGGGCCUUGACCCCGCCGAUCCAGGAGUGGAGAUCCACCAGACGGGCUGCGUCAUCCUCGAGACGGUGCAGGAAGAGAAGUACCGGUUUCUCGUUGAGCCAGACGAUGCCUCGGCUGCUGACAGGUCGGCCAUGAUGGGGACGUCGCAGCUCGCGGGCUCUGCGUGUGUCUGCCCCGCCCUUCGCGACUAUCUCGCAUCGGAGUUGCAGAAAGAGAUGGCAGUUGCGAAGGAGCGGAGGAAGGCUCCGGUGCCGCAGGCGGCGAUGCCUAGCUUGCCGGAGGGCGGUCGGCUUGGCCCGCCGCCGCCCUCGCUCCUCCAGGCCUCCGCGGGCGCCAACAGCGCUGCCCGCGCUUCGGGCGAGGCCGGGCCCCCUUCGCGUGAAGACGGUCGCCAGCGCAACCUCUUCCUGCUGCCGCAGCUCACAGCAGCCGACGCGGCGCCUGGCCCCUCUCGCACCCGGCGGCGCGCUCGGGCGGGCCACGCCCUCGGGCACGCGCUCGACCGGGCCAGCGCUGCCAUGCAUGCACUGAAUUACCUAUACGGCGACAAGUCCUCGCCCGAGUCGGCCGUUCCGACAGCUGGGCAGCGCUGCGCCGUCGGUCACAUCUGGGACACCGCUGCCGCCCUCGGCCCCGAGCCGGACGAGUGCCGCGACGACGUGUCCGACCCCAACGGGGCCCUCCGGGAGCUCCUUGCUGGGUCCGCGCUGCACCCUGACGGCAGCGGGCCCACCACUCCCUACGUGCCAGACCUCGUCUCAUGGCCCGAUGUGUCCCAGCCCCCAGCGCCGCUCCUUGGGCUGCUUGGAGAGCGGGGCGCCGCCGCGCUGCAGGCUGGCGACGUUCGCCUCAGCAUCGGCUCCGCCGACCUGGACGUCGCUUUCUACCACGUGCAGGUGCCUGCUGGGAUGGAGGAGUUCUUCACCUUGCCUCCGAUCCCUGCAAAGUAUUUGAUGCCCUUCGGAUGCGUGGAGGCCGGCACGGGGGGUGACGACCUCCUGCCCCCGCAAGUGGCGGUGCCCCCGAUGGGCUUCAGCUGGGCCCUGCACCUGCGCCAGACGGUGCUGCAGACAUCCCUGUGCCGAGCCGGCUUCUCGCCCGAGAACCUGAUCCUUGACGGCCAUAGCGGCUGCCAGCUCUCUGGCGACCCAUCCUCGGUCGUGGGCGCCGGCUACGUGGACAACUACUUCGUCCUUGGCGGCUCCCCAAAGCACGUGGGCGAGCAGCUGCAGGCUAUCACCGACGACCUCCAACGGCAUGGGCUCGCAGUUCAUGACGUCGAGGAGCCCUUCCAGGACUGCGACUUCCUGGGGCCGUCGCUGCGCGAGGGGCGCUGGCUCAGCCUUCGGACUCGCAACAUCUGGCGCCUCCGCGCGGCCAUCCGCGGCGCCCUGCGCCGCCAGCUGAUCAGCGGGUUCCUGUUGCGGGUGCUCACCGGCCACAUCACGUGGGCCCUUCUGCUUCGACGAGAGAUGCUGUGCGUGCUGGGGGCGACCUACGCAUUCGUUCAGGCCACCGGGCCCACGGCGGCGCCCCUGUGGCCUGCGGCGCGACAGGAGCUCCAGCUAAUUCACGACCUGCUGCCCCUUUGCACGGCCGACCUGGGCGCCCCCUGGCACGGGCGCGUCGCGUGUGCAGACGCCUCUCCGUGGGGACUGGGUGUCGUUGCUCGCCGCGCCCCAAAGGACCUCGUGGGCGCCACAGGAGUGUCGGAGGAGACUGACGCCGCCGCCGACCUCGGCUACCCCCCCUCGCUCGACAGCUCGGACAACGCGAACGUCAAUCCCGGGGGGAAGGGGGCGCAGGACGAGCUGGGGCGUUCGGUGCUCGAUCCUCGCCCGCCCGUCGACUUCGAGGAGGUCCCCGCGCAUUUCAUUCGGGAGUCGGCCUGGGGCUCGGUCGCCGCGGUCUUCGUCGACGGUCAGGCCAACAUCUUGGCCUUGGAGGGGGAGGCUCUCGUUCUUGGGUAUCGCCAUCUGUUACGGUCCACGUCUUCGUUCGGGCCCCGGUUCUUCGCCCUCUCCGACAACCUGCCCUUGGUCCUGUCGGUCGGGAAGGGCCGGGCUCGCAGCAGGCACCUCCAGUGCACCCUUCGCAAGAUCUGCGCGCUCUCCGUGGCCACUGGCUCUACCCUGUCUGUCAGGUGGAUCCCGUCGGAGGCGAAUCCCGCCGACGGGCGCAGUCGCGGGCGCGCUGGCUGGUUCUCCGGCAGUCGGCCGGCGCCGGCACUGCCGGGCGUGGGGCUGCUGGAUCACGCGGCUGCACUGGAGCUUGCAGCUGCUGCGGCGCCGGUCCUGGGGCUCUCGCUGCUGGAGCGGCUGCCGGUGCGGCCCUCGACCGAGAAGCUCUACCGGGGGGCGCUGUCGGCCUUCGCGAGCUUCUGCGCAAGGCACCGCCUGGACUGGACAGACCAUGCCAGCCUCGACUCGGUCCUCGUGCAGUACAUGGACAGCGAGUUCCUCCUCGGCGGCGGCGGGAACAUGGGGAACGUGCUCCUGGCGGCGGUCGCCCACUUUCUCGGCUCGCUCCACAAGCGAGCGGCGACGCAGCUGCCGAGGGCGCACCGCGCGGCUGCAGCCUGGGCCCGGCGGGCGCCGGGCCGCACGCGCCUCCCGCUGCCGCGGCGAGUCGUGUUUGCCAUCGCGGGCGUCCUCCUGCGAGACGGGCACUCCCGGCUCGCCAUCUGCAUCCUCGUCAUGUUUGCGUGCUACCUCAGGCCCGGGGAGGCGGCGAAGCUGCGCCGGCGCCACUUGAUAGCGCCUUCUGCCUCCGCGGGGACGCUCUACCAGUACUUCGGGCUGCUCCUGCACGAGAGCGGCAAGGACCCAGGCAAGACGGGCGUGAACGACGAGAGCAUCCUCUUCGACCGCGAGGGCUGGCUCGCCCCCCUGCUGGCGGCCUUGAAGCUCAGCACCCUGCCCGACCAGCCGUUGCGGGGGGAGACGAUCGCGCAGCUGCCGAAGCUCUUCGACAGCGCCUGCCGGGAGCUGUCGCUGGAACGCCUCCGACCGCACUUAUACAGCUUGCGUCACGGCGGAGCCUCGGGCGACAUGCUGUCGCAACGGAGGUCUCUGCCAGAGAUUCAGAGGCGCGGGCGACGGCGGUCCGCGAAGAGUCUCAACCGCCACACCAAGGAGACAAAGCUGCUGGACGAGCUCGCCUGGAUCCCUCCAGCUGCCCUGGAGCUCGGGGCUUUCGUCGAGGACAAUUUGAUGGCGCUCGUCGAGGGCUCCCUCUCCACGCUGCUGGCGACUGGCCGCGUGCCGGCCGGGGCCGCCGGCCUGCUCG